AAUAGUUUUUGUGAUAUCUUCAAAUUUUAUUCCUAAAGCUAAAAUCAUUUGACAUAUUCUAUUAUUCUCUAAAUUCGUCAUCCGUAGUGCAUUGGUCGCAAUUCACCAUCCAGUAGAAGUCUUGUUAUCGUAAUUUCCACAGUCAAUACUUCACAAGAAAUUGAGUUUAUGCUCUUGCAAAAGAAAUAAAGAUUUAGUCCAUACCCUGAUGUUACCUCAAGCAUAGUUUUCAAAAUACCAUGAAUCAAAAUUAUUGGAAAAUAUUCGCUAAUAAAUUGUUCCUGCUCUUUUUUUCUUCAACUAUUCUGUUCUACAAUCCAGUAACCAGUAAUGCUGUAAAACUCAACAGCCAGAAUGUUGACAUGACAUUGGCAUCCAAUGAAUUAGUUAUAAUAAACUUCUAUGCCGAUUGGUGUCGGUUUAGUGGUAUUCUUACUCCAAUCUUUGAUGAAGCUGCUGCAAAAGUUUCUGAACUUUACCCAGACUAUGGUAAAGUUGUAUUGGGGAAAGUAGACUGUGAUAGUGAAACUUCCAUUGCAUCAAGAUUUCAAAUUACUAAAUAUCCUACUAUAAAAGUAUUAAUAAAUGGACAACCAGCUAAAAGAGAAUAUAGAGGUAAGCGAUCAGUUGAAGCUUUUGUGUCUUUUGUACAAAAACAACUUGAAGAUCCCAUACAAGAAGUGUCGAGCUUGUUUGCUGCGGCUGAUGUGAAGUCAAGAGUUGUAAUUGGAUACUUUGAAAACAAAGAAUCUCAAGAAUAUCAAAUAUUUAGAAAAGUGGCAACAAAUCUCAAAGAUGAUUGUCUUUUUUAUGCUGGAGUUGGUGAAGCAUUCCGUGCUAUGCAUCCGCCCAACGAAACGAUAAUAGAAUUCAGACCUGAUCGGGCAUCUCCCAAAUCUGAACAUCAUACUUUCACAGGAAAUUCAGCCGAUUAUGAUUCAUUAAAUAUAUGGGCAACAGACAAUUGCUUACCAUUAGUACGUGAAAUAACGUUUGAGAAUGCUGAAGAAAUCACAGAAGAAGGAUUACCAUUCUUAUUAUUUUUCUAUCAUCCUAAUGAUUUGGAGUCAAUUAAGCUCUUCAAAGAAAUUGUUGGCACUCAUUUAGUACAUGAGAAACAACGGGUAAACUUUUUGACAGCUGAUGGCGUUAAGUUUGCUCAUCCAUUACAGCACCUGGGGAAACGACAUACUGACUUACCUGUCGUCGUUAUUGACAGUUUCAAGCACAUGUAUCAGUUCCCAUCAAGAAGCGAUUACAAAAACCACGAGCAUCUAAAAACAUUCAUUGAUGAUCUGUACUCUGGUAAAUUACAUAGAGAGUACCAUUUAGGUCCUCAGGAAAUUUCUGCCAUAGAAAUAGUCCAUGGUGAUAACCAACCUGCUGAACAGACAAUGCCACCUGAAUCUACUUUUAAGAAACUGGCACCAUCUAAGAAUCGUUACACAUUAUUAAAAGAAGAAUUAUAGCUUAACGAUACUAUGUGGCAUAUCGAAUUAUAACUGCCCUACAUAGUUUCUACUAUUAAGUUAUUGAAUUUAUUUCCCAUGUGAAUCAUUUUAUUUUAUUUUUGUUCGUAUUUUAAAAUUUACCAUUUACUUUAUUAUUAUUGUUUUCCCUCCAAUUUUUUGUCCGUAUCUCAUUCAGAUUGUUCCAUUUUUAUCAUAUUGUAAUAUUUUGAUUAUCAUCAUAAGGUGCUGGUAUCCAUUCAAAUUAUAUUAUUAUGUGUACAUAAUUUAUUGACUAUUUAAAUGUCAUUCUAUAUUUUUAGGAUAAUAUCUGUUAUUUUGCCAUGUCAAUGCCUAUGCACAAUUAGCAAUUAAGAGAAUAACACUGUUAUACUAAAUUAGAUAUUAGCCUGUAUUUUUAAAGUAUUUUUUCUGAAAUCUCUGAGCGCUUUAUUUUAUGACUUUGAAUACUCAUUUUGUAUUAUAUUAUAUGUUAUAUAUUGUAUGCUGGGAGACAAAAUUAUGUUAAAAUAAUUUUUACAUAAUACUGGUUUGGUAUAACAAAAGUGUAUUCAUUUGGCAGAACUGAUAUAACUUUAGAUUCCAUUAAUGCACUGUGGUCAAAACAAAAUCCAUUUAUUAAUUUUUCCGUCUAGGAAAUUAUAAUUAAAUACUAGUACUUGUAAUUACUAAUUAUUAUAAAAUAACUGUAUUCUAGACGCACAUACACACACACACACACACAUAUAUAUAUUUAUAUAAAAGAUAAUUGAAUGCUGAAAUUAUUAUAACUGUGUAGCAGCAUGCAUCACAUCUCUAUUUUGAUAAUCAUUGGUAUAUAUUUAUAUAAGUAUGUAAGGUGAAUUACUGAGCGCUUAUGUUUGGUGUAUUGCCUAAACAUUUCUUAAAUAAAUUAUAAAUACACACAUAUAAUGAAGACUUAUAACCGCUAUUUAAUAAUAUAAUUAUUGUAAAAUAAUAAAUUUAAAUUAUUUAAUUUUUAACAGAAUAUUAAUAUUUUAUAACUUUGUACAAUACAAUUGUUUUUCAAAAUAGAUAUUAUUUUCGAUACAAAGUUAUCAAUUGUAAAAAAUAAAAUAAUAUAAUAUUAAUGAAAAAUUGUUUUCCAAUUACAUUGUAAUUACUAAUUAUCAUGUAAUACCCUUACGUUAGUUACAUUUCGUAUAAUUUAGUUUUUAUUUUUCAAUGUAUCUUUGUAUUAUAUCCAUAAAAAAAUUUGUCACGGCAGGAAACCAAUCAUGAUAAGUAAACACAUCACACAUGCAAAUACAUUGCAUCCUGAAGGCUUGUACCGGUGUUUAAGGUCAAGCCUUUUCUUGUCAUAGUAUUAUGUCAAUGUUUGAGCUGUCUCCAGUGGGUGCAAUUACUUUUUUUUAAUAACAAUAAUAGGGCUGGAGAUACCUAUUUUUAAGCAGACCCAUUUUGUUUUUUAUUGUCUGUCCGUUUCUUUAUUAUAGUAAAAAUAAAAAUACAUAUAUUUUAUGUUAA